AUGAACGAAGACAACGCCCGUUUCUGCCUGCUGGCCGGGCUCAUCCUGCUCUACCUGCUCUGUGGAGCAGCUAUCUUCUCGGCCUUGGAGCAUCCCUUCGAGCUGCGUGCCCGCCAUCUCUGGAAGCAGCAGCUGGACAAUUUCACCAAGCAGUACAGGGUCAACCUGGGAGCCCUACAUACUCUGCUGCGUCAGUAUGAGGAGGCAAAUGGAGCCGGCAUCAGAGUGGACACUUUGAGGCCCCGAUGGGACUUCUCAGGUGCUUUCUACUUUGUGGGCACGGUGGUCUCCACUAUCGGUUUUGGCAUGACCACUCCAGCCACCAUAGCCGGAAAGAUAUUCUUAAUCUUCUAUGGUCUCAUCGGCUGCGCUGCCACCAUCCUCUUCUUCAACCUCUUCCUGGAGAGGAUCAUCACCAUGCUUGCUUACAUCAUGCGCUGGUGCCACGAACGCCGGCUGAGGUGUGCUGGGGUGGGGGCGAUAUCAGGUCGGGAGGAGCCACGUGAGGAUGACAGUCUGGAAGGGUGGAAGCCUUCAGUCUACUAUGUGAUGCUGAUCCUUGGGGUGGCAUCCGUGGUGAUCGCAUGCAGCGCCUCCACCCUCUACUGCUCCAUGGAGGACUGGAGCUACGUGGAUUCCCUCUACUUUUGCUUUGUGGCCUUCAGCACCAUCGGCUUCGGGGACCUCGUGAGCAGCCAGAGACAGCAGUAUGAGGCUCAGGAGGCAUACCGGCUUGGGAACUGCCUUUUCAUCCUCAUGGGAGUAUGUUGCAUCUACUCACUUUUCAACGUUAUCUCUAUUAUCAUCAAGCAAACUCUCAACUGGAUCCUGGGGAAGCUGGUCUGCCCCAGCAAACACCCCAACAGGAGGCUUCGACCUGCGCAGCUCGGCCGGCGGCGCUUCAAAUGCAACACCGUGCAGCCCAUCUCUUCCCACUGCCCCACAGGAAAAAAUCACUACGCAGAUGGCUCGGUGGAGACGGUGUAUGACAGUGAGACAGAUGCUGGUCCAGUGGCGGAUGGGGUCUAUGGGGGCCGACGUCUGUCAGGAGAGAUGAUCUCUGUCAAUGAAUUCAUGGUGUCCAAUAAGGUGUCUCUGGCACUGCUGCAGAAACAACUGAGUGAAACAGCUCACCAAGGACCACAGCAGAGCUAUGGCCACCAAAAUGGUUUCUCUGGGGGUGUGGGUGCAUUGGGCAUCAUGAAUAAUCGCCUGCAGGAAACCAGUGUGGACAGGUAG